GUAUAUUCAACUAUUUAGCAUCAAUAAAAGGACGUAAAUAGAUUCUUUUAAAAUUUGCUAUCAUUCUUUGUGUUAUUAUUAUUUUUGAUAUUAUUGUCAAAAUGUCAGCGAAUAACAACGAAAAGGGUGCACUCGAUGUGGUUGACACCUCGCUGACAAGAGUUGCCCCAGCUGAGGAUAUGAUUAUGGAAUAUGUUUCUCCGCUUCAGGAUGACAGCUGGGUGCGUCAGUCGGUUUUUGUGCACAUCGAGGAGCUCGCUGACCCGAACACAGAGAUGGUACAUAAAAAGGAAUUGCUUCGGGCACACGCGCUGGCCUCUAUGAGAAAAAUGACAGCUGACAAGAUUAGUAAUUCCGACAUGCCGGCGGACAUGAUAAAUGACGACGAAAACUUACUUGUUGAAAUCCCAAGGAGGAAGGACCCUAUAUUGGAGGGCAUCGAAUAUCAGGAAAGGUUCCUGGAGCAGUAUAAGAUUGAGCACUUCGCUGAGGACCGUGUAAGAGCGAGUAAUUACAAACAAAUCAUGCUUCAAGGCUACCGGCGUCGCAACAAUGAAACACAGGCGAUUGAGGGAAAAUGUACGGAGGCGGACGUUCCUCCCCCAGUACAAGAGACACCUGCUCUAGUACAAAAAGUCAAGACACCUGCGCCAGUACAAGAAGAGGAGGCACCUGCGCCAGUACAAGAAGAGGAGGCACCCGCGCCAGUACAAGAAGAGGAGGCACCUGCGCCAGUACAAGAAGAGGAGGCACCUGCGCCAGUACAAGAAGAGGAGGGUCAUCCUCAAACGCAAGAAGAUGUAUAGUGGAACUAAUAUUUUUCCCUAGUAACACAUAAAAAGGACAGCAGCUGUCCCCUUGUGUACACACCGUUCUUCCUUUCGAUCGCAGUAGCUCUGCUAUUUCUUCUUUGCUGUAUGUAAUGUGUUGAGACCAAAGGCAGAGUUGUAGGCUCUGACCACAUUUCCAAUGUUAUUCUUCUUUUUUUGUUUAUUGUAAAUGUUCUUUUUUACACCGAUCGAUGUUCAUAAAGCAGAUGAUGUUUAUGUUUACAAAUUCUUCUUCAUUUUCGAAGGUACUUUACCUUUUCUAUCGUGAAGCCUGCCAGGGGAAUAUUGGAGAAAGCAAGAACCAAAAA